AUGGACCCUGUCGCAAUCAUCAUCGGGGCGGGACCCUCGGGCAUCGCCAUGGCUCAUAAGCUUAAGCACACAUUAGGGUAUGAGAACUUCACAAUCUACGAGAAGCUCGAUGGUGUGGGUGGAACGUGGAGGUUGAAUAAUUACCCAGGCUGCGGAUGCGAUGUUCCCUCGCACCUAUAUUCCUUCAGUUUCAACCUAAACCCCAAUUGGUCCCGAGAGCUUUGCGAACAAGCGGAGAUUCUACAGUACAUCGAAGAUACGGUCGAUAAAUUCGACCUACGACAAUUCAUCCAAACCUCAAUCGAGUGUGUCGGUGCUAGAUGGAACAAGGACCGCGAUGAGUGGGAAGUACGGCUCAAGGACCUGAAAACGGGCAUAGAGUUCGUCCGACGUGCUAAUAUUUUCGUAUCCGCUGUCGGUGGAAUCUCGUUUCCCAGAGAUGUCCAUUUCGAAGGCAUGGAGGACUUCAAGGGACCUAUGUUUCAUACGGCCCGAUGGGAUCAUUCGGUGAAGUACGAAGGAAAGAGAAUGGCUGUUAUCGGAAAUGGGUGUAGCGCUGCACAAGUCGUUCCCUCUGUGGCGGAUCACGUAUCACUCGUCAAGCAGUAUGCUCGAAGCCCCCAGUGGUAUCAUGACAGACCAAAUCACAUUUUCACUGAGGGGGAGAAGAUGGCUUUCCGCUACAUACCCUUUAUUAUUCAACUUCGUCGUCUUUUGACAUUCCUCGAGAUCGAUUUUGAAUCGUACAUAUACCGGCCGACACCAAAGGGAAUCAAAGCUCGACUCCAGAAGGAGGAGGAAGCUCGGCAGUAUAUCUACAAGACAGCGCCCAAGAAAUACCACGAGAUACUCCCGCCCAAGUUUGAAUUAGGAUGUAAGCGCCGAAUUGCGGAUCCACAAUACCUGGAGUGUUUGCACAAGCCCACAGUCGAACUUGUCCCCGAAGGUAUUGAAAGGAUCACCGAAGACGGCAUAGUCAGCUUGAGCGGCAAGUUUGACAAGUUCGACAUCAUCGUCCUAGCCACCGGAUUCAAGGUGUCACAGUUCCUGACUCCGAUGGAGAUCAUCGGCGUCGAUGGUAAAACCCUCGAUCAGCAAUGGAAGGAGUCUCGAGGCGCACAGGCGUAUCUUGGAACAUUCGUCCAUAAUUUUCCGAACAUGGCUAUCAUUUUUGGCCCCAACACCUUUCCUGCGAACAACUCCGCUCUUUUCGCCUGCGAGGUACAGGUCGAUUACGCAGCCAAGGCGCUCUUCGCACCCCUGAUCGACAAGCGGGCCAGAGUCAUCGAGGUCCAAGAAAACGUCGAAAACCGCACCUCUAACGUGAUCCAAGCACGGCUCCGGAACAGCGUGUUCCAGGGCAACUGCUCUAACUGGUAUCUAAGCGAAUUCGGGCGUAACGCCGCCUCCUGGCCUGAUACCGCCGCAUCGUUUUGGGCAGCUACCUACUUCCCUAAAUGGAAGAAUUUCAAUAUGUCGGGCGGUAGCCAUUUCUGGUUCAUCAAUUCGUUGCUGCGCAGAGUGCACACCUCGUCUCUCUUCACGAAGACUCUGGUCCUUGCCUUGCUGGCUGUCGGAUUAAGACCCCUAUUUUCGCGGACCCUAAACACUGGAAACUUUCCGGGAACGACUGAUGUGGUGAAGAACUUCACUAGAAACUUGACUUCAUGGAAGCAUGUCUGA